AUGAAGCUCACUAUUGUGACUGCUGUGCUUCUGGGAGUUUUCUUCGCUCCAUCUCUUGCUUUACAAGAUGUAAAUGUAGGACAGACCGACUCUGACAGAAAAGCCCAUCAGGGUGUGUCUGUCGACCAUGAUAAGAAUGUGGCUAUCGUUACAUCAAAUAAUGGCCAGCGAUCAUGGGUCUCUGUUUUGGACUACAAGACUGGCUUUGUGGCAACCAGGAUAUUGGCCACAAAAUCUUGUGUCCUUGCUAAAAUGAACAAAGACGUUAUGCCUGCUAUUGAUGCUCUUCCCAAAGCCCUUGACGAGAUGAAGAAAUCUGAAGUUCAAAGGCCUCCUCCAAACGAGGUGAGAUACACCGUCUCAGAAAAGAAAAUCCAGGACCUCACCCAAUACGGAGAAGACAUUGCUGCUCUGUGCCAUGGCUUGCCUGCUUAUGAGGCUUAUGAGAUCCAGGGAGAGAACUUUUUCUCUGUAGGAGCAAGAGCGUGUUUGAAUGUGAACAUCCUGUUCAUCCUGCGUUUGGACUUAUGCCUUGGUAUUUCCGUAUAA